AUGUGUAAACAGAACCUAAAAGAGCAACGAAAUAAUUAUGAGAUUCUGAGAAAAGAAUCUUGUGAUACGGCUAAAUCGUGGAAUAUUGAACCAAUUUUUAAAGAUAAGAGACAAUACAAACCAAAGAAAAAAGUGGAUGAAAUUAUUUUAAAUUAUUUGUUUUCUAGUCGAGAGCAUUAUUUUAAAGUAAAUAUUUAUUAUAAAGUUUUUGAUAUAGUCAUUAACCAAAUAACCAAUCGUUUCGAAGGAAUGGAAAAAAUCGUUGAUCAAUUCAGCUUUCUAAAUCCAAAUAUUCUUACUUCGAUCAGUGAAGAAUCAUUAGUUAAAUCUGCCGAAGUUUUGAAAGAAAGUUAUCCAAAUGAUCUUUCUCCAGCGUUCCCGUUAGAGGUAUUGACUUUGUGUCGACCACUGAAGGACGAAAUAAAGGAAAUUGAAGAUAUUCGCAGUUUUGCACAUUUUCUAAUUGUGGAAAACAAUACGUUAGCUUCAAAUUUUCCUGAGGUAAUUACAGCUUUACUAAUAUUUUUAACGAUUCCUGUAACCUCUGCAUCGUCUGAGAGAUCGUUUUCGAAAUAA